UGUAGACAACCUGUAAACAACCUGUAAACAACCUGUAGACAACCUGUAAACAACCUGUAAACAACCUGUAGACAACCUGUAAACAACCUGUAAACAACCUGUAGACAACCUGUAAACAACCUGUAAACAACCUGUAAACAACCUGUAGACAACCUGUAAACACCCUGUAAACAACCUGUAAACAACCUGUAGACAACCUGUAAACACCCUGUAAACAACCUGUAAACACCCUGUAAACAACCUGUAGACAACCUGUAAACAACCUGUAAACAACCUGUAGACAACCUGUUAGCAUUGAUUAGCAGACACUGUGAUUAUUGUGUAAUGGAUGAUAUCCUGUUGACCUUUGACCCUUCGUCCGUCCCUCAGGAGGAGGCUCCGUCCCGGCGCUCUGUGGCUGAACUCGCAGGAAGAUUCAAAGCCUCGGCUCCUCCUCACGACGCUGCUGGACCGGAAACGGAGAAACCGGUCAGACGGCGACCUCCUCGCUCCUUACAGCUCGCCAAACCGCCUGGAGACGAGCAAGAGCCUCCAGGUGUUAACUCUCUACCUGCCAAAGCCAAGAGGAACUCCGCUCUGAUCGAGAAGCUCCAGGCCAACCUCGCUCUCUCUCCCUCGGCCCUGCAGCCCUCCCCGAAGAGUCCCGGCUUCAGGUUGCUGUCUCCUGUCUUCCCCCCGCCCUUCCCCCGGCUCCGCCCGGUUACCACGGUAACCACCUCCUCCACGCCGACCCCCACCAGCCCUGUCGUCACCUCUCCGCUGACUGAAGAGGAACGUCCCGCCUCCUUCGAGGCCCCUCCCACCGUGGUGGAGGGGUCCAUCCUGUCGAACACCAACAUCAAGGGCAGACCUCGCCUCUCUGUCCGGCGACGCCCUCCGUCCCGCCGCCACAGGAAGUCCAGCAGUGGAGAAGAGGUCGGCGUCGACAGCGAGGGAGGAGACAUGUCUCUGAGCUCCACGGGUGAACCAGAAGACAAAACAACAGCAGGAGGAAGAGCAGAAGGAGGAGGAGGAGGAGGAGGAGGAGAGGAGGAAGGUAAAACAGACGAAACAGAUGCUCCAACGUGUCCUCAGAAAAACCACGAAGAAGAUCAGUCAGAGGUCGCGCCCAGAGAGGAAGACCAGAAGAUGAAGGAGGAGGAGGAGGAUGGAUCCACAGGAGGAAAGGAGGAAGAAGAGAAAGAGGAGAAAAACUCCCAAAAACAGGAAGAAGAUUUGACCGAAGAAGCGACAAACACAGACCCCAACGAUGAAGAAAAGAUAACGGUAAAACCUUCAAACAUCGUCCGAAGUUCUACAGUUAACGAGGAGACCACGAGUCUGUGUUCGGUCCGAUGAGCAAUCAGACGUACGGCUGAGUCCCUGGGGUGCAGGGAGGGAGACCCUGCGGCAGCGAGGCCUGAGGGAUCAGGCCCGUCUGAGAGUCCGGACUCAUUAGUGAAACUCUGAGCUGCUGCCCGUCCACGCGGAUUCUCUCCUCUCCGAAGAAACCGACUGAAACCGACUGAAACUGCGUUUGGUGUUUUGAAGAACGGCUGAUGAUUCAACUGAAAGACUGGAAGUGUUUUUAUUCUCAAUGCAAAACCUUUUUACACUGAAACGCUGGAUUUGUUCCUUUUUGUAAGAACAAUAUGUGAUUUUUUUGUUCUCAUGAUGUUUUCCUACUGUCUGGUUGUUCGGAGCUGUGACUGAUGAUGAUGAUGAUGAUGAUGAUGAUGAUGAUGUGACAGACGUGUAACUGUGUGUUUGCUGUCAGACCUUAUUCCAAAGAUUCAUAAACAAAUACUUCAGGUUUUUUUUAGACUGUAAAUUCUGUAGCAAAGGUUUAAAACUGGAGACGUCACAUUGUGCCUUUAAAGUGAAAUAAAACAUGUAUCCUGGCUACAUGAA